UCAAGUCGAUAUGACACGAUAAGCACUUGAAUCGUUUACAAAUGGCGCUGUCAAAACGUGUAACUCUUAGGUUAAUACGAAUAGCCAACAAUUUUGGCAACAGACGAUUCAGCAAAACAGUAUUCAACUACAAUUCGGUUCAAAAUGAAGAUAAAUAUGAAGAGAGUGAUCACAACAGAGAAACUCAUUUUGGCUAUCAAACUGUUAAGGAAAAUGAGAAAUCAAAGAGAGUUCACGAAGUAUUCGAAGCCGUAGCUCAAUCCUACGAUGUUAUGAAUGAUGCUAUGAGUCUGGGGAUUCACAGAGUAUGGAAAGAUAUUUUUAUGCAGCGUCUGGGACCAACUCAUGGAACCCGAUUGUUAGAUGUAGCUGGUGGUACCGGUGACAUAGCUUUUAGAUACCUAAAUUAUUUGAAGAAUACAAAGAAUACUGAAAAUCUACAAAGUCAUGUGACAGUAUGCGAUAUAAAUGAAGCGAUGUUAAACGUUGGAAAGGGUCGGGCUGAGAAGCAAGGAUGGACUGUUGACAAAGGCUAUAAUAUAUCUUGGCAACAAGGUAAUGCAGAGAAACUACCUUUUGCCAACGACGAAUUUACAGCUUAUACUAUUGCCUUUGGAAUAAGAAACGUUACACAUGUGGAUCAUGUGCUCUCCGAAGCUUACAGAGUUCUUCAACCCGGCGGACGGUUCAUGUGUCUUGAGUUUAGUCAAUUGAACAAUGAAGCUUUACAAUGGAUUUAUGACAAGUACUCCUUUCAAAUGAUCCCAGUGAUGGGUAUGCUGAUUGCUGGACAAUGGCAACCAUAUCAAUACCUUGUAGAAAGUAUUAGAAAAUUUCCAAGGCAAGAUAUCUUCAAGGGUAUGAUUGAAGAUGCUGGAUUUAGAGUAGUGAAUUAUGAGAACCUGACAUUCGGUACAGUAGCCAUACAUUCAGGUUUCAAACUGUAAAAACUUGACAGUAAUGUGUUAUGUCAUGAUAAAUAUUAAAUUACGUAAUUAAAUUGUGAAUUCUGUAAUUACAUUAUAUUAAAAAUGAUAAACCUUC